AUGGCCAAGAAAAAAAUGGGCCGCUCCAUGAAGUGUGUCAAGAGAGCAAUGUCCUUUCGCAAUAUUUUCAGGGAACGUCCGAGUGAAGCUGAAACCCAAGGCGACAAAGUCGAUCCUCUACCCCAAGACGACGAUCAAGACAGAGGUUCUCAUCACGAGAGCCCUCCAAGCCCUCCAAGCCCUCCCGAAUCCGAGCACCACAUCAGCCUCUCCAACCUCUCCAAUCCCAACGGCACCCCAAGCACAAUAAGCACCCCGACCUACCUCGAACUAUCCAUCUCCGAACCAGAAUCCAAUGAUCCCCAAACCCCCACCGACACAACACCCUGGCCCUGGUCCAUCGAAGACGACGAACUAGCGUUAGACGCCUACUUCGAAAAAUUCGAGACCAACCCAUUCCUACGAGCCCCAGAUCCAAACCAAUCCCAAUACCGGGACUGGCUUCGAGGUCUUCACGGCCCCUUACCCAGGGGCUGCAGGAACUCUAUCAAAAAGAGGAAAUGCAUUCCCUCUGAGCAUCCAGAGUACCAGGAUAAGGUUGUUGGUUCCGAUCCUAUUGGUCUGUUCGAGCCUAUUGAGCAUGUUGGGGUUGCGUUGUCGACUAAGUCUUUUGUUCGGUUUGAGAAGAUGAAUCCUUAUAAGUAUUUUGGGCUUAUUCCGGAUAAGCCGCGAAUGGUUGGGGAUGAGGGUUGUUGUGCUUUGGGGUUUUGUCCGCAGUGUGUGCUUGGGAAGGAUGUUUCUGUUUAG